AUGACCAUUUCCAAGCUUCUUAUCCGACGCGGCACCCGCAUGCAUCUUUGGCCUAGUCGAGGAGGCGAGGCGAUUGCGGAUACCCAGGUGCCACAGUUUGUAGGUACUGUAUGUACUGUAGGUAGCAACUACUUGAAGAGCACGUUCAGUUCGGUGGGGAAUCCCAAGCUACAACAAGGAGAGAGAGCAGAUAAGGCGGCGAUUGUCUAUCGGGCGCUUGGACCCCAUCUCUUUCGUCACUCGCAAAGCCGCCCGGGCUGGAGAAGCAGAAGGAGAAGAGCAAUGACGGUACAUGGAUUGGUAGCGCGACAUUUGAAGUCUGUCGUCCUGUCUCGCCCUGUCUCGCCCUGUCUCGCCCUGUCUCGCCCUGUCUCGUCCACGUUGUCGACACCUUCCCCUGGCCUUCCAACGUGUGCGCUUCUUAGCCAGCAAAACUCCCUCGGCUUCUCGCAACUCACCGCUGCUUCUCGUUCCCAGGAUCAACUCAUCCAGCAUAGUUGGCAAUCGUCAAUGCCAUCCCCGAGUCCAGCGCGCCCUGUUGGCCCUGUGGCGAGUAAUGGCACUCCCGCAGGCGCAGCUUCAGGCGCAGCUUCCGGCGGCCCCUCCCACACUGAAGCCGCAGGCUUGUCCUCGAUGCCCGCAAAGAAGAAGAAGCAUCGCGCUGGCAAGAAGCGGCGCAAUCGUCGCCAGUCCUUUGCCGCUUCUGGGGACUUGAACACCGGCGACAUGAGCCACGAGCGCCCCAGCCUGGCAGACGUCGCUGGCCACGGCAACUCGCGUGGAAGCACCAGCUUCUAUCGCUCGCAGAACAACCUCAGCACCACCAGCCUCGAGAGUGAGGCGCUGUUAGAUCACCGGGAGCAUCCCACCAUCCGAACGCGACGUCCAAGCGUGCCCGUCACCUCCAUAUACCAGCCCCGCCCAAGCCAAGCCAACAUCAGCUCACCUCAACGGCUUUCUGCUCCCAAGGGCCAAAGUGCCUUUGGUCGCUCACGACUGUCGCACACGCCAGAGGCCAACUUCAGUGAUGGUGAGGCGAAUGAGGAAGACGACGUCGACGACCGUACCCCUUUGAUAGGCACGUCACAGCGAGAUACCAGAACCAGCUCCAGCUAUGGUGGAACGAGCGCGCAAUCAGGCGCCGCUCUGGGGGCUGCCAUAUUCGCCCAACACCAUCGCUCGCAGACCAAUCUUGCCGACUACGAUGUCAACAAUCCUCCAUCGGUACCAACCAGCCCAGCCUUUGAGGCCGAGUCUGGCUUCGACGAUGUCAUGCUUCCCACAGACUUGGACAACAUGUCUGAGCCAGAAAGAUCUCGCGAUGCCUUGAUCGAUAUGGAUGGGGAAAGCAUCCAUGGUUCGCCUCCGACACCUGGCGCCGACCUCAGGCGCCGUAUGACCACCUCUGCUCUCGAGGACGUCUGUUUCCCACAUGAGACCAUGUCUGAGCUGGGCCAUGAAGACUACCUCAACGCUCCCACCACGGGAGAGCCCACAAGCCGACGAAGACGCCGCCGUUGGCCAGAUCUCGAAAUCCUUGAAUCGUGGGCGCGCGAGGAAAAGGAGCAGAGGACAAUGGAGGGCAUGCGCAUGCGAAAGGUCAGCGAGCCAUUGAUGGUGGAAGGACGUCUGCGGCCAAGACAGCGUGUCUGGCAUCGCGAGGCAAGCGACGCUCCAUACCGCUUCACCUACUUCAACGAGACUUUUGAAAACACCAUCCACAGUCAGAGCAUCAGUGAGCUUCUACAGCCGGGACAGACGUUUAGGAAUCUAUUCAUCCCAGAUCCUCCUCUGGUCGAAGAUACCAGCGACGAGGAGACUGACGAAGAGGAAAACAUGCAAAAUAUGGUUAGAAAUGGAUAUAGCUCCCGAGCCACUACUCGCUCACCCUCCAAGGCUGAAGGCAAGGGCUCAUCUGGGGAACAGACUCGCUCGGUGACACCACGUCCAAUGGAGGCGCCAAAAGCCAAAGAGGAAAAGCAAAAACAUUAUGGACCGCGCCCGGCCUGGUGGCUCGAUGUCAUGUCGCCAACCGAGACGGAGAUGAAGGUCAUUUCGAAAACAUUUGGCAUCCAUCCCCUCACCUCUGAAGACAUUCUCAUGCAGGAGCAGCGCGAAAAGGUGGAACUCUUCAAGCAUUAUUACUUCAUCAAUUACCGGACCUUUGAGCAAGACGAGAACAGCGAAGAUUACCUUGAUCCUGUCAACCUGUACGUUGUUGUCUUCCGGGAAGGAGUCAUUAGCUUCCAUUUCUCCAUGACGCCGCACCCGGCCAAUGUUCGAAGACGAAUUCGUCAGCUUUCGGAUUACCUUGUGCUGUCACCAGAUUGGAUCUCAUACGCAAUCAUCGACGAUAUCACCGACGCGUACGCGCCCAUGAUUCAGAGAAUCGAGGAGGAGGUGGACGAUAUUGACGAAGCGAUAUUGCGUCUCCACUCAAGUGAUGACGAGAGUGAUGCAGAGAAGGAGAAGGUUGCGUACAAUUACAACAACCCCCACUACGAGAAGCCAGAAGCCAAAUCACAACAAGAUAGUGGACGAGACAUGUUGCGAAGAGUGGGCGAGUGCCGAAAAAAGGUCAUGAGCCUGUACCGCCUGCUAGGCAACAAGGCAGAUGUCAUCAAAGGCUUUGCCAAGCGAUGCAAUGAGCAGUGGGACAUUGCACCACGAAACGAGAUUGGCAUGUACCUCGGAGACAUUCAGGAUCAUAUUGUGACCAUGACGGGUAAUUUGAGUCAUUACGAGAAUCUCCUCUCGCGCGCGCACAGCAACUAUCUCGCUCAGAUUAACAUUAGGAUGAAUGAGCGCCAAGAAAAGACUUCCGACAUUCUCGGCAAGCUCACUGUCCUGGGCACGAUUGUUUUGCCCAUGAAUGUCGUUACUGGUGUCUGGGGUAUGAAUUGCCUCGUUCCUGGCCAAGACAUUCCCACUUUAACCUGGUUCUGGUGCAUUACAGGUGGCCUCAUCGGCUUUGGUCUCAUGUGCUUUUUUAUUGCUAAGAGGGUGUACGGCAUCGUUUAA